AUGGAUGGCACCGAUGAGAAGCAACUUGAAAUGGUCCAGGCUGCCCUGAUUCUGCUGUCCAUGGCAGAUGCUGUGUGGGACCCAGCCCAGACCUCAGAUGAUGCCAACGCAACUUCUGCACCUGAGACAUUUGUCGACGAUGAUACGCUUGAGGCUGCUGCGAGUUUACUGUUGUUGUCGACCCAUCCAAUCGUCAAUGUUGGUGGCCAGCGAGCCUCUGACUCGCCAUCCUCACAGUCUGUAAAACAUGACGAUACUCCCGAACGAGAUUCGUCUGCUUCUUCUGCUACCAAUGAUGCUCCCGACGCUCCCGAUGCUCCCAAUGCUCCUGAUGUUGCUCACGACGCUGCUCCUACUACGUCCAAUGCGGCUGAUGCUGCUUCCACUGUUACCUCAGUUGAAAACUCCCACUGGGCUGGAUUGACCGCUGAUCAGCAGGCAGUUCAGCAGAGGCGCCUCAACAUGACAGCCUGGCAACGCUAUCAGCACAAUCUUCAGCCGUAUGACCAUGUCGACGACCAAGGAUCUGUCAUUGGCCGUUUGUGGUAG